CGCUCCAAGGGAAGAGGAAGUGGGGAUCGGCGAGCGGGUGGGUGCGCCUCGGGCCGCGGGACUCGCAGCCGCCGCCGCCGCUGCCGCCUCUACGGCCGCGUCAGAACUGAAGAGAGGAAGGGGAGGAGCCGAGUCGAGCCUAAGCUGCCGCCCGAUCUUACCCCUGACCCGUGGGCGGCCUGGAGAGCUUGCUCUGUAGCGGUUUCCUUCGGGGCAGGUGGGGACUGCUCCUUUGGAAGGAAAGAGGAGGCCCAGGCCGCGCCUUCAGACAGCUGCGCGCACCACCCGAAGAUGAGGCAUUUGGCCCCAGACAGACCCUCGAAAAGCCGGACUGAUCGUGGAGUUCCCGCACAGCCUGAUCCGCUGCACCUGCUCCAGGGAGAGAGCGCCCCAACCUUCCCGUGGCGUGGGGUGAGACCCGGCGUUGGAUAACGUGUGGUCGGGCCGAGCAAAUGUUUGAUGAAUGAAUGAAUGAAUGAAUGAAUGCCUCUCUCACGUGGCACUCGCGAAGCUCAGAGGAUAUGGUGGAAGUGCAAGUGCUUUGUAAACUACAGUGCUUUGUAAAAAUGAGUUGUAAUACAUUCCUCCCCUCCUCAGCCGUGGAAGGAAACAGGGGUGCGGCUUGAGUACAGUCACAACCUGAGUCUUUAGUGGACAAGGAGACGAAAUGCCGGGCAGAGGAAGGAACCCAUCCUCGCGCAGAUUGUGAGGGCGGCGGGAAGGGAGGAUUGGAAGGGAGCCAUCCUCUGGGAGAUUGUUGAAGGAUUUUUAACUGUCAGGGAAGAAUUUAAUAGUGUCUCACUUUUACGAAUGGUUCUUUCUUAUGGCUUGGGGCUUUCGAGAACUUCUGAUCUUGGUUCAUCAGUGUACGUUGUCAUCAAGAAAUGUUAGCCUGUGUUUCAGGUCUGACUCAAAGGUUAUUUUCUUUCUAAAAUAAAUGUUAUUACUAUUAUGCAGCUUUUCCUACAGAUGUUAUCCUGGAAAGGAAAGUCAAGUAAAAACUCAUGAAGUUUAAAGUGUAGUUCUCUAGGAAAAGAAAUUUAAGAUAAAAGGACCAGAAUCCUCAGAAAUCUGUCUUAAGUGAAUAGUAUGAGGAAAAGAUUAAAACAGCAGCAAUGAUGAAAGCAGAUUCCACAAUUCUGUCCGUGGACCCUAGUACACCCCACCUCCUUGGGAAGCAGUAGUAAUGGAAUUUAUAAGUCUUUCCACCUGAAGGAGGGGGUGAGAUAGGAGCAAGUGUAAUAUAGACAAAUGUGGGAAGCUCUGGGUUUCUCCCACUACUGCCACUACCAUCUGCAAACAGUAGACUAAGGAACCUUUUAACUGGGUAAAUACAAGGCCUCGUGUUCAUUAAAAUGCUGCAGGAAAGGUGGUGGGAGGGGCAAAGGAGGAUGUGGCAAAACCAAGGAGAGACUCACAGACUAGCACCUGACCCUACUGCCCUUGACCUGAAGUUCCAAGAGCCAGGUUAAACAUCCUGCUUAAAUUACCCUGGAUUUUUCUGUCUUUACAUGAUCAAUCCCCUGCUACAGCCUUCCAAAUAAGACUCACAGUUCAUCAGACCAACAAGUGAUGGUUUCACAUGGCUACAAAAUAAAUAUCUUUUGUUUUUCCUCCUCUUCCUAUCUUACAGCAGGGGAAUGGUGGAAAUUAAAGGAGUAAAACACACAGAUUUAGGGGAUUUUGUGAAGUUAAACACCUCAGAGAGUUUAACCUUUGUGGGCUUUGGAGGAAAAGAGUGCAAACAUCAGAGUUCUGCAGCCCAGCAGAGAACACCUCCAGUUAAGUGUGUACCACAUAGGGUUUUUCAGCAGCAUGAUCUUCUGUUUUCAUUGUCAGUGGCUCCACCUUACAACCUCAGUGCUGAGGAACAGAAGGGCACUCAGGAGAGCCUGAGCCACCUACUUAGAAAGUAUUUAAUAACAGCACACUAAGCUUACUGGGCUAGAUACCCACCUCAACACCCAGCUUGAUAACAGGAGGAAACAGCUGGAACUGGAGGCUGGAGAGAAGGAAGUUCAUGCAUUUCCAACUUGGUCUGCAUCUCUUUAGUUCCUUGUAUUGCUUAUUAAUCCAGAGGAGAAAACAGCUAGUUAAUUCAAAAUUCCAAAAAAUCUGAAGUUUUAGCUAAUAGUUCCUUCCCUGGUUCAUCAAUAUAAGAUAAAGACCUAAAAGCUGUGUUAAAAUAUAGAACAAAUGAGAUUCUUAUAAGGUUUUUGACCUCUACACUUGAAAGUGAGCUCUUAUGAGAAACUAAUCAAUGUUUUGUUAUUCCACAUCAGUGGGUUUUACUGUCAAAGAUUGUGUAAGCUAAGUUAUCUGGCAAAAUUUUGCUUUCCAGAAAUGCUAUCUAUAGUAUAUUGAUUUUAACAUUUUUAUUGUGAAAUAUAGUUUAAAUUCAUAAAGCAAUUAUAUAGUAUAAUAAGUGAUUAUAAAGGAAACCACCAUGUAACCGAUCAGCCAGGUCAAGAAAUGGAAUAUUUCCAGCAACUCAGAAGUUCCCCUCCCUGCCCGAACACAACUCUUUCCCUCCCUCCUAAAUGUAGCCAUUAUUCUAACAUUUGUGAUAAUCACUUCCUUGCUUUUCUUUGUCGCUUUGUCGCAAGCAUGCAUCCCUAAACAAUAUAUUGUUUAGUUUCACUCUUUGUUUUGAACUUUAUGUAACUGGAACAAUAUAAUAUGCAAUCUGUUGUUCUUGCUGCUUUUGCUCAACAUUGUUUUUAAUUCAUAUGUGGUUCAGGUUGUUCCUAUAGCUGUAAUUUGUGCAUUUUCAUUGUUGCAUAUUACAGUGUCCCAUUGUAACAGUAUGUGACAAUAUGUUUAGCCAUUCUGUUGCUGAUAGACAUCUGGGUUGCUUCCAGUUCAGGAUUGUUAUAAAUGCUAAUGUGAACAUUCUUCAUAUAUAUGUUCCAUCACAUCUAUGUCAGUUUCUUUAUAGCAUAUACCUGGGAGUGGUGAGAUGUAUCAUAAACUUGAAUAAAUAAUGCCAAGUUCUUUUCUAGAGGGUUACACACUCA